UGAUCCCUCAACUGCUAGUUCGUCAGCUUCACAGCAGCUCCACGUACUGUCUAGUUGGAGCAACGCUGCACGUUGAAUGGCUUGAUUGGUAACUUUACAAUUACAAGAGUACAGUGAAGUAGAUGUUAAGAAGGAAACCUGGCUUGAGACCGGAGGCCACAAUUUUACGGGUCGAAACGGUGUAAGAAAAUAUGGCGCCCAAAGGUAAGGUUGGCACCAAAGGCAAGAAACAGAUAUACGAAGAGAACACUGCAACGCUGAAGUUCUACACUCGAGUCAUCCUGGGAGCAAACGCCAUAUUCACUGCUGUAAACGUCCUCUUCUACAGUUCAUCCACAGUCGGGACAUGGCUGUUGCUGCUGUUUGCGCUGGCAGUGUAUUUGGGCAGUUACCGCUCCAUGUCUGCGAUGGCUAAGCCCGUGUUUGCGGAGGAUGGCAGCCUGCUGGACGGGGGAAUUGACCUGAACAUGGAGCAAGGCAUGGCAGAGCACUUGAAAGACGUAAUCUUGCUCACUGCCAUUGUUCAGGUCCUCAGCACAAUAUCGUCUUAUUUCUGGUACCUGUGGCUGCUGGCUCCAGCACGGGCACUGUACCUGCUUUGGCUCAACUUCUUGGGCCCCUGGUUUGCAGCUGAGGCCCCGUCGGCCCCAGAGGAGCUGAAUGAGAAGAAACAGAGACGACAGGAGCGAAGACAGAUGAAGAGAUUCUGACCCGCUUUUAGGCAUCAGCGCGCCCGGAACGUUCUCACGUCUCCACUGGGUGGAUCGAGAGCUACGGAAUCGCACCGGCUUAAAAACAGGAGUUGUGGUUUCUCACAAUCUGUCCAGUUAUAUACUCUGUGAUUUAAAAAAAAAAAAGGAUAUUUUUGGAAGGACAAGAAACAAGGAGAGACACAUAUUCAGUUCAGAGAAGUAUCCGUUUGACAAUCCAGUCUGCCGGUCUCGCGGUAAAACCGAGUGCUGUGUUUGUCAGCACUGCGUGUAACGGUUUUUCAUUCAACUGUUUGCCUGUGUUCACAAGUAUGAGCACUAGUUCUGUUUUCACUCAAUUCCACUGCCUUGUUUUCCUUGCUACCUGGUAAACGUGUAUGCUUUGAGGAAGAAUUCUUGUUUUUAAUGUGUCAUGACCUUGCACAGAUUUAUAUGAAAACAAAUGAUCAUAGCCAUGAUUUAUUGGACCUGUUCAUACCCAAGUAUUGAAGUAAAAUAAGAUUAAGAUAAGAUUUACCCAGAUUUAUGUAAAUGUUGCAUGAUGAGACUUUCUGAGUGGCACAUGAUAGUCUGUAGCCUUUUUUUCUUUAAAAAGGGCAGCGAGCUUCAAUAUAUAUCGGCGUCAUUCAGAAAGCAACGGCACACGUUUAAUACAACAAAUACAUCCACGUAACAGGCAAUGUAAAAAUGUGCCUUAAUGCACAUUUCACCAAUAAACCUGCUCCUUCUGUGGA